GACAGACAUGGAUCGUUAUCGAAUAAAGUUUUACUUUUGCACUCGGCAUUGUUGUGAACUAAAGCGGCGGCCAUUUUGAUGAAGUGAGCGUCAUGGCAGUCAGUUUCUAUUGAAUAUGCAGGAGAAGACUUACCUUACAGAGGAAAACCGGUAUUUUUGGCAUGUUCUUCAAGACACAAUAAUCGGAGUAUGAAGUCCUGCGCAGUCUGCAUUUUGGCCUCUGCUUUCAUCUUCCUCCUGCUUCAGAGCUGUAAGGCUGGUAGUCUUAUUUGUAAACCAUGUAUGGGCAACGAUUGUAAUUUGGAGCCCGAAUCAUGCGAACACGGAAUUGAACGGGAUUACUGCGGCUGGAAAGUGUGUGCCAAGGGUCCGGGAGACUAUUGCGGUGGACCGUCAGAUGUAAGGGGAAAGUGUGGUGAAGGAAUGCAUUGUGCCUGUGGAAAAUGCAAUGGGUGCUCUCUUACUACUCUCGAUUGCUACUUUGGUCUCGAUCAACUCCAGUGCCUCUAAGAUCGAUAGUUCGAUACGAGCAUCGCCUGCUGGCCAGCUGGCAAAGUUAUUACCGCCAUACUUGACAUCUCAGGCUGCGUACAUGUUUUGAAGUUUGUUACAUUUAUUUAUUUUGCAGUAUUAUAGACGUGGUCAUUCUUAAAUGUGCAUCCUAUUUAUGUUGUAUUUAUAAUUUUACUGGAAGACGAAGUGAGAUUAUGAUAACAGUGACGGCUGUUACUUCUGUGAUCGCACAUGAAUGGACUAAAGCGUACAUCUAUUUAAAAAUCUCUAAUUAAUAGUUAUAAUAUUUAUUUAUUAUUCCAUUAGUUCAUUUCAUUAUCAACAUCUUUAUUUUGUGAGGUAAGAUAAUUUAAUUGUGUAUUUUAAAACUCAAAGCAGUAGUCCAAUGUAUUUAAUUUUGUUGUUUUCGUAUUGUUUAUAUUUACUGUUAUUUGGAAUUAUAAUAUUAACUUUAUUAAGCACAACGCUUCCGUAAUU